AUCUGCAAUGAAUCUAUGUUUGACAUUUUGCGUUUGGUUAACCAGAUGAAACUCUAGAUUAUAGGGCUUUUAAUUGUUUAAAGAACUAUGAUCAACAAGUUUGUUUACAUUUUGAUGUUUGAAUUUCUGGUUAUGAACACGUUUGUUUACAUUUUUGAAGCCAAUGGAUUUCUCGUUAUAUCCUUUUGAUUUUUUGCUUAGAUUGUUUAUUGUUUUUGGUUUCAUGACAUGGUUUGGAUUGUAUAGACUCAAAUAUUGAUGGACAAGACAUUUAAAAUAGUAUAUCUUUAUUUAACAUUUGAUCAACUUUUAAAUUUGAUCAAAUUUCACUUUUGGUUUGAUACAAAGGUAAAACUAUGACCUGAGCGUAGCCUUAAUACGGCCUUUUGAAAGACUGCAUGAAACAGAUACUUCUAUUUGUUGGAAAUCAAGCCACCUAACGGAGCUCAAAACCUACGCGCACUCGGACGCUUCACAAAUUAUAAAAUAGAAUGGCCUUAACAUUUAACGUAAAUGUAACCCACUACAAUUUAUUACUUUACAUUUUGGUACAAUGUCAAGAGAAGUGCGUAAAAUGGAUGUAAAACAGACAGUUAAAGGUUUAGAAAAUGAUAUCAGAAUUAAUGUACGAAGCAAAAAUGAACGUUCACAAACAAGAAUGUCUAAAACAACAGUUAACAAAAACAAUAAAAAGAGCGAUCUCACUGUUUUGAAGGUUGAAAUGUCUUCUGAGACUUUGUGCCAGGGAAUAGUAGACGUACAUUCUGUGAUUGGAAUGGUAGCUAUCAUCUUCAGAGAAAAUCUGCUUUACUUCUCAGUUGACGAAAACUUUGCUGUAAAUUGCUUUGUGAUCUUCGGACUUCAGGAAGAUGUGCUAAAACCCUUUAACCUAUGCCUUACUUCAGCUUUGACUUUAGUACCUGGUGAUGAAUGUAUAAGUUUGCCAACAAAUAAAGGUGCACCAGAGACAUUCAUCAAGAGAUCCGCAGACACCUCAUUGCAGUUUAGAAACAUAAAAUCUAUCAUACAAGAAAACAUACAUAUUUGUAGAAAAACAGAUUUACUAAAGCGUAUUAAAACUAAAAUUAGACUAAAACAUGGUCAUCACGGUUCGCAUAAAAAGGGUUGUAGCCCUAUCAUUGAUGAAAAAAAUUGUGACAAGAGUUUAGAACAGAAAAAUGUUUCCAUCAAAAAGAUGAAUGCAUAUAUGCUAAGGAAUAAUCAGUAUAAUCAACCUCACAUUCCAAAGAGACAGUUAGAAGAAGAGAAAGCUGAAAUUCUGACGAAUUUUUCACCAAGACCUAUAUUACCUGGAGGGCUCUUGUUGCCUUCAGGUAGUGUACCACGAGAUGUCCACCAUCAGAGCGUUGGCGAAUUUGCGACUAACAAUGUGGCUAGCUUCCAAAGUGCUCAAGCGUUAGGAGAGAAACAAAGAAAUCGAAAACCACCUCGGUAUCCUGAGCAGUUUUCGCACGAGAAAAGACUGAUAAGUUAUAAUUCCUGGCCUCAUGAUUCUCCAGCACCUUUGACCCUAGCUAAAGCUGGCUUCUUUUACACAGGUACAGGCGAUCUGGUUCGAUGCCACCAGUGCGGUAUUGGUCUUAAAGACUUUAGCCCGGAGGACGAUCCAUUGACAGAACACAUCAAACAUGCUGACAACUGUGACUAUCUCAUUGACGUGUACGGAGUAGCUGGAUUGGAAGAGAAACGGUGUCUUAUUAAUGACCCCGAUAAUAUUAGAAGACGGCAGCUGGCAUCGUUUCAAGCCCAAAAAGCUCCAGAAACCACAUACCGAAGACCCGAGUACGCGAGCUAUGACGCGCGACUGGCCACAUUUGAAGGUUGGCCGGAAGAGGCGUCUCAGAGGCCGCACCAGCUUGCAGACGCUGGUCUCUACUUCGCAGGUGUUGGAGAUCACGUGCGGUGUUUCGCGUGUGACGGAGGACUGCGACAGUGGGAUGCGGGGGACGACCCUUGGGUAGAGCACUGCCGCUGGUUUCCGGCCUGUCCUUUCGUCAGGACAACCAAGGGGGAUCAAUUUAUCGCGCUCAUUCAAGCUUCCGUUGACCAAGGAGAGGACUUUUCUGGAUUGGAAGAUAUAAGUCCUGCACCACAGUACCAGGACGAAUCCCCUAUGGACAUAGUGACUUCCGGUAUAGACAACAUCGCGCUUGGGCGCGCGGAGCUCGAGGAACACCGGCGCAUGUGCACCGAUGAGCUGGGGUUUUCAACCGAAGAGUUUGAAGAGGCCCUUAUUCAACUUAGAACAAGUGGAAAUAUACUUCCAACAUUGGAAGAUUUUAUCAUCUGCAUUGGUGAUAUCCAGAAACGAGCUGAAUUAAGACAAUUACAACAGGAAACAGUAGCAGUGGACACCCCAGAAAGCAUACUUGAAGAGAACGCUCGUUUGAAGCACAUCUUUAAAUGCUCCAAAUGUAACGUUAAUGACAUCAACGCUCUGUUUCUGCCAUGUGCGCAUCACCGGAUGUGCAUGGAUUGCGCGAGCAAAUAUGACGUCACCGUGUGUCCUGUCUGUGACCGACCUAUCAGAGAAAUUAUUAAGACGUACAUGGGUUGAUUGAAACUGUCUUGUUAGAAAAUGCAACGUAUGUAUGACUAUGUAUGUGUUGAAUUGUACUCUCUAUAUGAAAAAAAAUAAAUAAGAAUAAAAAACA